AUGGCCUCGGAACGCACACCCCUCCUGUACCGCAGCGGGCUCUCGCCCGCCCGUCGCCGCCUCCUCGUCGCCACAACUAUGCUCACAUCCUUCCUCGCGAUGCUCGAUCUGACCAUCGUCGCAACCUGCGUGCCCACCAUCGCAUCCGAGCUCGGCGCGUUCGAUCGCGAGGCUUGGAUUGGCACGGCAUACCUCUGGUCCAACGUAACCUUUACGCCGCUGUACGCCCGCCUGUCGGAUGCGAUCGGCCGCCGCACCGCCUACUUGCAAGCCGUGCUCCUCUUCACGGUCGGCACGCUCGGAUGCGGCCUCGCACCCAGCUUUGGCGCCCUCGUGGUCGCCCGCUUUGUCGCGGGCAUGGGCGGCGGUGGAGCCGGCACCGUUGCCUCCAUCGUGCUCUCCGAGACGUUCGUCGAGGACCGUGGGUUUUACCAGGGUCUCGGGUUCGCCGUGUUCGGUGCGGGUAUUGGGCUUGGUGGGCCCAUUGGUGGAUGGCUGACGCAGGCGUGGGGAUGGCGUGCUGCAUUCUACGCCCAAGUUCCCGUUGCGAUUCUCUGUAUCGUCCUCGCGCGCCUCACGAUCCCUCAAGACAGCGAGAAGAAGUACAGCGCCGAAACGCUCGCUGAGAUCGACCUCGGGGGGAGCGCAACGCUGCUCCUCUCCAUCGGUUCUCUGCUGUUGCUGCUGCAACGCAGCAGCGCCGACAUCCCCCUCCGCCACGACGCAGUCGGGCUGGCAGCCUUGGUAGCCAGUAUCGGAUUCUUCGUCGCGUUCAUCGUCGUCGAGACGCGUAUCGCGAAACGGCCCGUCCUUCCUCUUUCAUUGUUGAAGCAGCGCACAGCGCUGUGCGUUGGCAUAAUCGCCGGCGUGAUCGCCAUCGUCAACUUCAACAUGCUGUACCACUUACCCAUGGUGUUCGAGAUCGUCUUCGGCGAGUCCCUCUCGCAGGCCGGCGCCCACAUCCUCCCCAACAGCGUGGCAAUGACGCUCUCCGCCCCCGUCAUGGGCAUCCUCGUCAAGCGCACGCGGCGAUACAAGUGGCUCACGGUGGUGUGCUGCGCCGGCCCUGUCGCUGCCAUGGCGCUCUUGUCCACCCUCGGGCCCGGCUCCAGCUCCGCCAUCCGCUGGCUCGGCGUCAUGCCCAUGGGUGCGGGCUUUAGUGGCCUCCUGACCCUGACGCUGAUCGGGAUGCUCAACACUGUGCCGAAAUCGCAGAUCGCCGUCGCCACGGGCUUCGUCUUCGUCUUCCGCUCGCUUGGCCAGGUCUUCGGCGUCGGUAUCUCGGGCGCUGUGUUCCAGACUUCGCUCGCGGCUGAGCUUGGCCGGCGCUUCAAGGAUCCUGAGCUGAUCGACACCCUGCGCCACGCGUCCGAGGCCAUUAAGCGCUUGCCCGAGCCGCAGCGGUUGCUGGCUAUCGCGGCAUACGGCGCCGCGCUGCGCAACACAUUCCUCUUUGGGCUGGCGGGGGCCGUGGGUGUGUUCGUGACGUCCCUGUUCAUUCCGGAUCGCCAGCUCGUCGACGAGGAGGGUAAGGUGCCGGCUGGCGAAGGGGAGUGACGUAUCGACAGAGUGACAUGGCGUCCUGUCAUCAGAGCGGUGCACGAUCUCAUUGUUAGAGGUAGAUUGUUAUGCAUUGUCUUGAUUGGUAACGCCACCCCGUCAGUAGCACACCGUCAGCAGCGGCGGU